AGUGACUUUUACGGCUGAGAAAACCAACAUGUUAAAUUAGUUCCAAAUUGGUUCCAACCUAGCUAGAAAGCCAGCACGUAUUAUUUACUAACCAAAUCAAAUCAGAAAAAACAGUUCAUUUUCCGCGGCACAUGUGAAAAGGAAAAAUUGAACCGCCAUUGUUCGGGUGUUCCGGAACUAAAACAACAGAAAGGAAGAAAGUGUACAUGCGACUGGAAGAAGCGGAUUCCGCGUCUGACUGAUUCACUCCCAAACAUAUUCCAGCUUUAACCUGUUUAAAGAAUUAUUAGUAAGAAAACUUCGUCGCCAUGUUGUCAUUGGUCAGAACAUCACUCGUCCUAGUCCUUUUUCUGUUGGGUUUACUUUUGAGCGCCGCUGUUCCACCAGAAGAGUGGCUGCUAAGCAGAUCUAAGUGGAUUGAAGGCGUGAAUAAUGAGCAGAGUCUUGAUGUACAGCGGUUUGAUGAGAAGAACAAGGAGCUGAGUCCUGAUGUACAGCGGUUUGACAAAGAAUCUGUAAAUGCUGAGCAGAGUGAGCAGAGUCCUAAUGUACAGCGGUUUGACGAGGAAAUCGUGAACAAUGAGCCGGAUCCUGAUGUACAGCUGUUUGAUGAGGGAUACGUGAGCACUGAGCACAGUCCUGAUGAAAAGCGGUUUGAUGAGGAAUCUUACUCAAGCCCAAAUAAAGUUCCAGCUGAGGUAGACCAGAUCGCAGAUGCGUUCGCUGAUGGACCUUAUUCAGAAAAGUCGCUACCAGAGAUUCUGCGGCGACAAUUCCCUCAUCGACCUCAGUGUCGCUUUGGCGGCUGUGGCAAAUAAAUGAGUGAGGUGGGACUUUGUGUUGGAGUGGCUUGACUAUUGUAUGAAAAUGAAAUUCUGAUCACCAGGUUAUAAUAAAAAUCCAGUUUAUUUUCAUUUUAUUUAUCCACUCCAUUCCUGUUUGUUUUCCGAAAUGGCGUCUUCCUGACUGUCACCUCCUUACCCCAUAUAUAUUUUGACCCUUCAAAAAUUGACAGCAACACUGACAAGAACUAUAAAAUAAAAUGCGAUUAACUCAAAUUCAUAAUAAAUUUGCUUGAGAUAGGUAAGAACAUUGUGCGAUGUUGCGUUGUGUAGCCUCUAGUUCAAAACCUCGCCAUAGCCUGUGAACGGACCAGGCUCACGUUUUAGACAUCAAACGCCGGCGAGACAACUUCGCGCCUCUGCCAAUCCUCGGCUUUGGUCGGUGCGUGUGACUCAAACAUGAGCCUGCUCACAGGUUAAGGCCAGCUUGAGAUGUUACCGCUCGAAACAGUACAUAUUGUAUGCAAUAUGAGGAUGUAUUUCAUAAAUCAUAUGAGGUUAUGUUUCAAGUUAUUGAU